GACUUUCACUCUUCACUCAAACAUUUAUUCAUCCAUCCAUCCUCAAGAGCUCUCCACAUCCAAUAUCUCAAAUCUCCAGAUCAUCAAGAGUUCCUCGUCUCACUUUGGUACACACAAAAUAUCAAUUUCUUCAACAUACGAUCCUCACGUUCCAGUUCAAUUCACCAUGGAUGACGAUGCAGGAUCCCUCAUUUCCUCCCAAGAUUCUGUUCCAGAUAUGGAUUUUGUUGAAAGAGCCAACCGGAUGAUGGCUGAUACGAAAAAACGCCGUGAUGCAAAGCGUAACAAGAUUGAAAAUGAGCGUGGUCAGCGCAUCAAGGAAGUCAAGAAGAAGCUUGGUGUUUUGUAUGAGAAUAAGAGAAUUCAAAGCUGUCGAACUCGAGCUUUGGCUUGCACGAAGAACUCAUAUGGUCUAUCACUAACGACCAGAUAGAGCCAAACUUCAGAGAGCUCAGUGGAGACAACUUCAUUCACUGGAUAAGAAACGCCAAGAGCUUGAACGUCAUAUUCUAGACAGCAUGAAAAUCGUCGAAAGCAAUACUUUGAGCAUAGCUCGAGAAUUCAACGCUGUCAUUCUUAAACGUUUGAGUGCCAUGGAAAACCUGACCGAUACCCAGGAUGCUGCUUGAAGAUAUACUCGUGGUGUACACUACGUUUUUGUGGUAGUUACUGAUAUUGUCAUGGACAAGGUUGACGUCUAAGAUUCAAACAUUGCUAUUCAUUAUUGCUACACACAUACUCACUCAUAGAACACUUACUUAUUUUAGGGCGUUGAACACAUGGAAAGGGAAAUCUGGGUUGGGAGUACGGUCGGAAGAUACCCCUGAGAGCUUGCUUAUUUAUAUUGCACAUUAUUACCACAAUUCAAACAAUCA